UGGAGGCCGAAGUCGCCAUUGCACAUUUUGAGCUGCGUAACGAUCGGCCAGAAUCUUGCAUUGUUUGUUGCAACCCUGGUUAAAACAUGGCAGAGGUGAUGAGUACUGAUGAAGUAAAACCAGAAGAAUUUAUCAUAUCCGACAAAUCUGACACGGAUGAGACAUCUCAAGAAACGCCCAACGGCGUGAAAACUGACGCUGAAGAAGGCAAGACCACUAAAGAAAAGAAUGAUGGUAAAGAAAAGUCUGCUAGAAGCAAACAAGGAAACCGUUUCCAUCCCUACAAGGAAAAACAUGGUGGAGAAAGGAAGGGUACUCACAGGAGCCGAGUGUUCAUCAGCAAUAUCCCCUAUGAUAUGAAGUGGCAGGCAAUUAAAGAUCUAAUGCGUGAGAAAGUUGGUGAGGUUACAUACGUGGAGCUCUUUAAGGAUGCAGAAGGAAAGUCAAGGGGUUGUGGUGUGGUGGAGUUCAAAGAUGACGAGUUUGUGAAGAAGGCAGUAGAAACUAUGAACAAACAUGAUCUAAAUGGAAGGCCACUCAACAUCAAGGAGGAUCCUGAUGGGGAACAUGCACGCCGUGUCCUGCAGCGUAUAGGAGGAAUGCAGCAAGGAGGUCGUGGGCAGGAUAUGGGUCCUGGUGGUAUGAACGUCCCACCCUCCAUUGCCAACAACCCCAACAUCCCAUCUGAGGUCAUCCAUGCACUGCAGGCAGGACGAUUAGGCACCACAGUGUUUGUGGCCAAUCUGGAUUUCAAGGUGGGCUGGAAGAAGUUAAAGGAGGUGUUUAGUAUGGCUGGUGUGGUGAAACGAGCAGACGUGAAGGAGGAUAAAGAUGGCAAGAGUCGUGGAAUGGGAACCGUUACUUUUGAGCAGCCACUGGAGGCUGUGCAAGCAAUUUCCAUGUUCAAUGGACAGAUGCUUUUUGACAGACAGAUGCAUGUGAAAGUGGAUGAAAAAUCUCUUCCUCCUGAUGAUUUCCGUCAAGCAGAAAAAGCCCCCCAGUUACCAAGGGGUCUAGGUGGUGUUGGCAUGGGACUAGGACCAGGAGGACAACCUAUCAAUGCCAACCGCUUGGGAGGAGGAGGAGGAGGAGGAGGCAUGGGCUCCAUGGGGGCUGGAGCAGGUAUGGAUGUUCCAGGUUUUGGUGGAAUGAACAGACUUGGAGGAGGAAUGGGCGGUAGUGGGGGUUUUGGGGGCAUGGAUAACAUGGGCAGCAUGGGUGGCUUUGGCGGUAGAGACAUGGCAUCAAUUGGGAGGAUGAGUGAUAUGUACAGGUCAGGAAUGGAUCGUGACUUUGGGCACAGUGACAUGCAGAUGAAUCGAGGGUUUGGGGAUUCCUUUGGAGGAAUGGGUGGAGGUUUUGGAGGAAGCAUGUCUAGUGGUAACAUGGGGCACAUGGGAACUGGAUUAGGUGGUGGAAUGAGCGGCACCGCGAUGGACCGAAUGGGCUCCAACUUUGACCGCAUGGGCAUGUCAGGAAUGGACAUGAACCGUGGCUUUGGAGGCUUUGGAGGCGGGGGUCUAGGCCACAUGAGUGGAAGCAUGUCCGACAGAAGCUUUGGGUCUAAAGGAGGAUGUCAGAUCUUUGUGCGAAAUCUGUCCUAUGAUCUUACUUGGCAGAAGCUUAAAGAGAAGUUCAGUCACUGCGGCCAGGUCAUGUACGCAGAGAUCAAGAUGGAGAACGGAAAGUCGAAGGGCUGUGGAACGGUGAGAUUUGAUUCUCCCGAGAGCGCAGAGAAGGCCUGCAGAAUGAUGAACGGAACGAAGAUAAACGGCCGCGAGGUGGAUGUGCGCAUCGAUCGCAACGCUUAGAGCUUUUGUAGAAGUCACACUAACACACUUCCAUAUUCAGUCCUCUUGCCAGUGACCUUUUGUUUUGUUUUAAAAACAGUUAUUUCAUGCCUCGUGUCUGCCAUGUGGUUUUUUUUUUUUUUUUUUUUUUUUUUUUUUUUGUAUACUUCAUAGGUCCUUUACCUUUGUUUUGGAAAAUGGCUUUAAUUUGUGAGGUGGUUUGAGGUAAUAAAAUUUUUAAUUUUUAAA